GCUGCAUGGUGUCAGUGUCUUCACGCAGAGUCGCAGUAGAGAUUGAAGCGUCAGAGCCGGUGUGAUCUAGGUGAGCUCGGCAAGUGCUGGGUGGUGAGCGAGCUUCGGUCGAGUCGCUCGGAAGCCUGCUUCAGUGAGAGAGAAGACACGGCAUACACUCGAAGGGUUGUUUUGCUUCCACCUGAACACAAAUGCUAAACAUUUUUUAAAAAAACAUGUUGAAAAAAAAUAUAACUUUUAUCUUGAAAACAUAGUAGCAUAAAAUAAAUUCACCCAUUUUACUACCCCAUCCCCUUUCAGCACUGUCACAUACAGUGUAUCAUCAUUGUUGUUGUUAUUGUUAUUAUUAUUACAAGAGAAACGAAGUUUACAUUCUGUUAGUUAAUUGUACGGUACAUUGCUACUGACAGUGACAUAUAACGCAAACAAAUCGGACAGACUGAUCCCCGAUGUCUUCUUUGGAGGAGCGCGGCGAAGUUGGAGUCCCGGUAGCCACGGCUCCGAGCUCCUCCUCGGCCGGGCUCGGUGGCGGGGCAGCGGGGGCUGGGCUGGAGGCUGGUCCCGGGGUGCAGGGUGGACAGGAGCAGGCCGAUCAGGAGCCAGACCCAGACGCGCCACCCAAGAAGCGGGUGAGGCUACUGCAGGAGGGCGAGGCAGGCAAGCUGGAGGAGAGACUUUACGUGGUGCUGUGCUGCACUGUGUGUUUGGACUUGCCAAAGGCGUCUGUCUACCAGACUGACUGCAACGUGCGUGUGGACCUGCCCAUGUCCUCCUUCUACCAGUGUACGAAUGGGCACCUGAUGUGUGCAGGCUGCUUCAUUCACCUGCUGGCUGAUGCACGUCUGAAGGAGGAACAGGCCACCUGCCCCAACUGCCGCUGUGAGAUUAGCAAGAGCCUGUGCUGCCGCAACCUGGCAGUGGAGAAAGCUGUGAGCGAGCUGCCCUGUCAGUGCAGCUUCUGUCUCAAACUGUUCCCCCGCAGCGUCUUGGAAAGGCACCAGAAAGAGGAGUGCCAGGACAGAGUGACAGUGUGCAAGUACAAGCGGAUUGGCUGUCCCUGGAAGGGCCCCUUUCAUGAGCUGACAGUCCACGAGGCAGAGUGCUGCCAUCCAACCAAGACUGGCAAUGAGCUGAUGGGCAUCCUGGAUGUGAUGGACCAGUCCCACCGGAAAGAGAUGCAGCUGUACAAUGGCAUCUUCAGUCUUCUCUGCUUUGAGAAGAUUGGCUUCACAGAGGUGCAGUUCCGGCCCUAUCGUACCGAAGACUUCAUCACACGCUUGUACUACGAGACUCCGCGCUUUACAGUGCUGAACCAGACCUGGGUCCUGAAGGCUCGCGUGAACGACUCAGAGCGAAACCCCAACCUGUCCUGUAAGCGCACCCUGUCCUUCCAGCUGAUACUCAAGAGUAAGGUUAACUCAGCAAUGGAGUGCUCUUACCUGCUGCUCAAGGGGCCCUACGAUGAUGUCAAGAUCAAGCCAGUGAUCUACCACUAUGUCUUCAGCAAUGAUGCCAACGAGACUGACUACAUGCCCCUGCCCAUCAUCGACUCUAUCGAAUGCAACAAACUGCUGGCCGCCAAGAACAUCAACCUGAGGCUCUUCAUUUUCCAGAUUCAGAAAUAGACAAAGCAUGGAGUCUUAGAAAGCACCAUUGAACCAUAGUUACCUCUAAAGACGCAAGCAGCAGAUAAACCAUGCCAGUGGGGGUUAGGGAAGGAGAGAUGGUGAUAGAAGACAAACAUACCAACCACAGUCAUUCAAAUCUCAAAACCAUCAGCACGUGUACACAGAUGUGCACCACCCAGAAAAACAUUUGGUCCACUUUAUUAUUCAAUUUCAUUGUAAACACAAUACUAAAUUUGACUGGUAUACAAACAUUUGUAUAACAUUAAGUUUUAUGAAAAUUCUUGUGAUAUACUCACUUGAAUAACAUACUAAGGUACAAUAUUAUUGUAUUAUCUAUACCAAUCACCUAGCCUAAUAUGUUUGUUUUUUUUUGGCUAGUUCUCCUCUCUCUGAGCAAUGGUACUUAGUGAAAGGCUAGUAAGAGACACUGCUGCCUGUGGUAUUCUCACUCUUGUUUAUUUACAGAUCAGCAUAGUGUAUACAAUCACUUUUGAUCUGUAUUCACAUUACACUAGAAAAGUCGGGAGCAUUCAUUCAAUUGGGUUAUAACAUAAUCUUAAACAUCUUUGACCUCAGCUUAAUUAAACUGUGGAGUUAUGUUGAGCCCUGUACACAGCUCUCUGAUAACCCUCCUGGCACAGUAGGGGGCAGUGCCUAUACGUGGGAACAGUAGGACAGGAGUUGCAUUGAGCCUUUUUUAAUUUACAUAGCAUACUCCUUCAGCAAGCCAUUUGAAGUGCAUUUCAGUAUUUUAACAGUAGGCAGUUUGUACAAUUAAGGACAACAGAACAGUAAAAGGCUGCAAAGGUAUUAUGCCCCAGAUGCCCAUGGCUUUGCAAUUUCACAUUCUGUACCAUAGGGUGUCCCCUUAGUAGAUAACAAUGUUUAGGAGCAAGUCCAAGCAUGUCCUUGCAGAGAAGCUUCCUCUCUCUCAAUAGAAUUCCUGUGGAAGUGCACAGCAGAUUGAGCCUUCCAGGUUGAGUUUAAAUAAAACAGACUGUAGGUCACAAUGUGCUGCUAUCUCACUUCAUAUUGCCGACUGCUACACUUUUGCAAGCCAGUCUUAAAAGCUUACUUAUUACCAUGUUUUAGUAUUGGGAUGUAGAAAUAUGAAUGUAUCCAGAGGAAAAAUAAAAUGUGUUUAAUUGGG